CAGAGUCUGGCUGGUUUUCCAGCGCUCACGUACACGAUAAGGAGGACUUUAUAAACCACUUGGGACGAGGUUUCACCUUAAUUUUCAUCCUACCUGCUAAAAGGAGCUUUACUUGGUCUUUACACAGUAACAGGAUUAGUAUUUUCGCCUUGGGAUAAUAUGGAAAGCAACAGGCAGAUGAAAUUCCGCAUGCUUGAAUUGCUCCUGGUUUUAUUUUUCAUGAAGGAAUGCGCCUCAGAAAUCUACCCAAAAGCACAGAACGUCACCUGGUUCUCAAUCAAUUUUAAAUCAAUGUUAACAUGGAGUCCAAAACCAACAAAUUAUUCCUACACGGUUGAAUUUUCAAAACUCGGGCAGGACAGAGAACGCACGCCGCACUGUAUCAGGACCAUGGACACUGAAUGCGACCUGACUCUGGAGUUAAAAAACCUGCAGGACUAUUACACCGCUGACAUCCUGUCUGAACCCAUGCGGGGCGUCUCCUCCGAUUUGGUUGAGUUCCCUCAUGUCAGCUCUAAGAAAUUCUCCCCUUAUCAUGACACUGACAUUGGCGGACCAGAGUUUAACAUAGAAGUAAGCAGCGACAAAAGGAAGACGACACUGCACGUAACGGACGUCCCCACGGCCCUCUUUGAUGUGGAUAAAAACAGACUGAAUAUUCGGGAUGUUUUCGGAGACAAACUGCAGUAUAAGGUUAUUUACAGGAAAGCCAAGAGCACAGGAAAGAAAGAGAAAAUCAGUAAAAGCAGCGUCAUUGAGCUGACGGAUUUGGACCGAGGAGUGAGUUACUGUUUUAACGUUCAGGCCUUUCUACCCUUCCGUGCUCUUGACAAACAACUCGGCCAGCUCAGCCAAGUCCAGUGCUCCCCGGAAGAAGACACAUCAAUAUUUGGUGAGUACAGCGUGGGUGUCAUCGCCGGAGCCAUUCUUAUUAUCAUUUUGGCAAUAACAGCAAUCAUUAUUGUCAUCGUGAUGUGCUGCAGACGAAGAAGGAGAGCGGAAAACACAGAAAAAGAGGGAUUACCGUUGAAUGGCGUGUGAGGAGUGUGGAUGCCCCGUUUGGUACUCGGAAAUUGGACUCUCCCUUAGGGAGGAUGGUGUCGCGCUCCACUCGAAAACGAUGGGAAAACUGUGUUUCUGUGAAACCUCAAAAUGUAGAUAUGUUAGACAUAUUUAGCAAGAUCCUUUAUACUGUCAGGUGGUGGGUUCUUUAGUCUGGCACUGAAGUGUACUGUAUACACUUUUUAUAAGCACUACCUAAUUCUUCUACUUGUUAACAAAUGGAAAUACUGUACGGUUUAUGAUGGGUUUUUUGUACGCACUUGGGAGAAUCAAAAUCAGAGCCUAUUUUAUGAAACGAAAACACUAAUUUAUUUUUUUAACUAUUAAUGUGGUAAAAUUUGUUUUGUAAGUAUAUUUGUGUUUUAAUAGUAAAACGCUCUGCUAAGCACACUGAAACUGUACAUGGUUAACCAGUUAUCAUAAAAUAAUGUUACUUUAUAAUAAUGACUUUAUCAUUGUAUUACAAACCUGUGAAUUUAGUAGGAAUGGUACUGAUGUGGAUUUUUGUAAAAAAAUAAAACUAUUAAAUACAAAAA